AUGUCUACUUCUGGCCAAUACCACAUCCCGUUCCCCAAGAACUUUCUCUCGCUCAACACGCCCAUCAAGCGCGCUAGCGAUGUCCCUUCCAGCACGCUCAGCAACAGCGAGCUAUCCAGCGGCGCCGUCGCUCAGCUGCCCGAGCAGCCUGCUCACGGGUUUCUUUCCAACCGGUCCGUCAGCAUGCCUCGGCACCAGUCGGUCUCGUCUGUCACCAGCACCAGCACCGCAACAUACUCUGUUGGUGGCUCGCCACCUUUUCUACCCGCAAAGGAUGCCCGCUCACCGAGCGUUAGCGAGACGGGUUUCGCUCCUCUGGCGCUUAACACCAAGCAUGCGCCGCUCCCUCCGAGUAGCCAUCGCGAGAUGGGUGAGAGGGGCGUGAAGAGCUGGUUCUUGAGUAACAGGCGCUAG